CACAAUUGCAUACGCAAAAACACUGUGCCAUUUGCCCUUGAUACUAACGAACGUUAGAAGAAGAAAAAAGACAAAAAAGACGCAGACAGUCGUUGUGUGCCAUGUUGGCUGAAGGUUUUCUCAGAGUGCUGCUUUACAGGGAGGAGAGAAAGUUUGCCUCUGCUCCCAAGCCGAAGAGAUCACAGACACACACUCAUCGUACGGAGCAGUUCAACAGUAUCCUCUCCGAGUCAGACUCCACAGGCCUACAGGCAGAUUCAGCUGAAACAGAUCCAGACCAGGAAGAAUCUGACCCUAGACCACUGAAAAGCUUGCCUCAAGAUCCUGCAGGCCUCUUAAUUCCUGGGUGCCCACCUGCUCUCACCCUGGACACUGACUUUCCAGUCCGCUUAGACAGUUGUAGCCUCCUUGAGCAGUAUCCAGACCUUCAGGUAGCCGACGCAGGCCGCAUAUCACAGAACCCACUACGAGCCACAGUCCCUCUGCACGGUUUGUACACUCAGCCCCCUGAAGCCCACUGUCCCUCAGAAUGGACAGCCCAACAGGGGCCGCAAGGCGAGCCUGUCUCAUCAAUACCAGACCAGGGUUAUCUGGUUAUGGGGGCCAGUGUGAACAUCAGUUUGGAUCUGCCUGGAUCAGCGCUGGAGCCCAUGUCUAACUCUGUGCUGAACGGGCUGCUGGACAAACAGCUGGAGGAGGUGUACAUGCAGCAUCUGACUGACAACUUGGCUCGCUGUAACUCACACCUGGGCAACAGCCUCCUGCACGACCUGGUGCCUCCGCCGCAGCCCAGCAGCCAGCUGCAGGAGACCGACUCACUGGAGUCCAGUCUGGAACAGGGAGGGGACAACGGUAAGAAGAUUAGUUAUCUGAGCACCCAGAACUUAGCUCCCUGCUCGUCCAACUUCAGCUCCCCCGUGCUGAGGAUCUCAGAGGCUGAAAUUCCUCCUCUCCAGUGAAUACACAAUACCGUCUGCAAAAGUCUUGUGAUGCUCAGCAAAUCUUUUUCUUUACCUCCAUGUUCACACAUACCAACAAGCAACUGAUGCAAGAAAACAAAUGCAAUUCACUGAAUAAAUACAUGCUUUUUUGUUUGUUUACCUUUAUUUACACAAUGUCUUUGUUUACUUACUUGAUGAAUUGAUGCCUUAAAAUUUUGCUGCUCUCAUGCGCCAUCUGCUGUUAUAUUUCAGAACUACAGCUUCCUGAAUUUACCUGAUAUAUAUUUCAUUUGUAUUAAAAGUGGUAUGUUUAAGUUAUUUAUUAUUUUGAAGCAAGUUUAGUUAGUUAGUGUUUAGUUUAUAGGUUAAGAUUUAUGCUGCACAUUGAGGUUGCCUUCAAAAAGAGAUGUAACUUAGUGUUAAUGAAUCAAUCUGGUCUAAAUGAUGAUUCCAGUGAACAAAUAAGCAGUCAUUAUUAUUUUUGAGUUUUUAAGUGCAUUUGGAUUUUAUUUUGUUGAUUUUAUUACCUGGUAAGUGUUAUAUUUGGUUUUAUAUUCUGUCUUUGGCAAGUGAAGGAAAUUCACAUCCAAUAUUCUGCACCCAUGUGGGGUUUUUAGAUUGAUAUUACAGUCUCUAGGUAAUGUUAAUAUAUACAUGAAAUAUAUUAAAUGGUUGAGUGAA